AACAAACUUGUUAACAGCAAGAAAAAUCCUUCGUUCUCUUUUAAAGAAAAAAAAAAACCCCGCCCAAAUGUACAACGAACACCUUUCGCCGCCGACGAUGACCGAUCAUGCGAGACGGAUCUGCGACGAACUCAAAGUCUGCAGAGAAGAAGCGAUCUUGUACCUCGAAGGAUUCGAUUGGGACUUGGACGCAGCGAUGGAGGCUUGCCGCAGCAAAAACUUGAACUUCCCCUCUCUCGCGGUUGAAUCUCCCCCAGAGAAAGAGGAAUCAUCUCCGUAUUCGCAGUCGAGAGACGAACUCAUCGCGCAAUUCGUCAGUUUCGCCGUCGGAUCGGAUACACAAGAUGCGACCUCUUACCUCGAGCGCAGCGAUUGGGAUCUGCAGCGGGCCGUUUCGCGAUUCCGCGACGAGCGACGUCGUCCGACGGCUUCUCAGAGGAAGGUGAAUCGGAAGCUUGGGCGGUUGAAUAUGCAGCGGUACUUACAGGAUGAAACAUCUGUGGCGGUGGGGACGUUAAAGGAGCUGAUGCGUGGAGAAAAAGUCCCUAAAGCUAUACCUCCAUUGGUGUCCUCAUCUCACCUGAAGGUUCAAGAAAGUACAAGUCUUGUUCAAGAUGGGGAGGAAAAACUUUCGCCUGUCAAGGAAUCUGCAUCUGCUGAGGCGCUGCCGUCAAGUAUGAUGAGUUCGAGUCAGCCUGAAGAGAAACUGUCUCAGUGGGAAGAGGAAGGUAUCAAAUCAUUCUUCAAAGUGGCUAUUGGAGCGUCUCGAGAAGCUGCUAUCGCUUGCCUCAGUCACAGCAAGUGGAAUCAAGACGACGCCAUCAGUUACUUCUUUGGAGAUCACGCAGAAACUAGUCAAGAAAGUACAAGUCCCGUUAAGGAAUCUGCUGAGGCGCUGCUGUCGUCAAGUAUGAGUUCGAUUCAGCUGACGAAUUCGCCUGAUGAAGAGCAACUGCUGAAAGAGGAGAUUGUCAAAUCAUUCCGCGAUGUGGUUAUUGUAGCGUCUCGUAAAGCAGCAGAAGCUUGCCUCAGUCACUGCAACUGGAAUCAAGAAGACGCCGUCAGUUAUUUCUUUGCAGAUUACACAGCAGCUAAUCCUGAAAUUGCGUGGUCUCAGGCAGAUAUUCAGGAAAGUUCAAGGCCUAUACAGUUUAGAGAAGCUCCACGUACGAGUUCGAAUCAGCUGCAGAGUUCGCGGGAGCCACUGUCACAAUCGAACGAUGAACUCAUCGAUAUCUUCGUCCAGGCGGCUGGUGGAGUAGUUACUCGAGACGUUGCAACCUCUUACCUUACACUCAACAAUUGGAAUGUAGAGAAAGCCUUCUCCUGUCUGUUGGAAGAAGACGGAACCGGGAGCUCUUCUAGUUCGAGUAAUGCUGACUCGACCGAGACAGGGAACGCCACCAUAGCAUCGUCUCAAGCGGAUGAAAAUGUAAAGGAUAGGGAUGUUGAAGGAGAUUUAGGCACGGGGUUAUCCCCUGUUCCUGUUACUACUACUCUAGUAGAACUAGAAAUAAUUUUGGACGAUGGUGGAUCUGGGUCAGAGGUGUGGAUUCUUGUUAGAUCAGAUCAAACCGUCAGAGACGUCCGCAACAAGAUUGGUGUGUUUAGACCGGAAGACGAGAGAGACUACUACUUAAAGUCUAAUACGGGAGUAGAGUACAGGGAUUUGGAUACAACAGUGCACAGCAUUACUUCUGGUUCUUGUGGCUCUACAACUCUCCACCAGAUGUACUCCUCUUAGAUUUUGGUUUUGGUACAGUUUCCAUUGAUUGAUAAAAAACACGUAGAGCUACAGAGAGAUGUAUAUGACUUUAGAAAGGAUUCUUGCCUUGUAUAGAACAGAGCAACUUUAUACUUGUUUUUUGAGAUAGGAACUUGAUAA